AUGGACUGCACCGAGCAGGAGAACCACAUCAGGGUGCCUCAUUACGGCGGCUGCCAGCUGAAGUUCGUGAACUUCGAGGCCGAGGAGAACACGGUUUCCCAUGAGACACAGGGCCUGAGCAAAGCGCAGCUGGUGGUCCGGCGGGGGAAACCGUUCAAGCUCACGCUGUUUUUCCGCGGCCGCUCGUGGAGCCCUCUGUUGGAGAGUCUGUGGCUGGAGGUCUGCUUAGGCCGUCUUUCAGAGAGGAUCCCAGUCCGGAUCUCUGACAGAAGCUGCUGCUCCCUGGCCUGGUGGGCAGCAGUCUACCCCGGGGAUGUUCACUCCCAGUCGGUCACCGUCCACCUGUGCUCCCCGGUUCAGUCCUCCGUGGCCACGUAUCAGCUGCUGCUCCACAUCGAGGACGCAAACUGCAGGAUGAGUUACGUGGUGGGAACGUUUGUGUUGCUCUGCAACCCUUGGCUGAAAGACGAUCCGGUAUACAUGCCGCUGGACGUCCACAUACAAGAGUAUGUCAAGAGCGAUUACGGGUUGAUUUACAUGGGCACACAUCUGAAUGUCAGGAGCCGGCCCUGGUCUUUUGGUCAGUAUGAGCCUGGAGUCCUGGAGGCAUGUCUGCAGCUCCUGCAGGUCAGUCCCCAGCAUCUCAGGGACCCAGACAAGGAUUUCCUUCGACGCGCAGACCCAGCUUACCUCAGCAGGGUGGUCUGUGCCAUGGUGAACUGUAAUGACGACAUGGGGAUUUUAGAGGGGCGGUGGCAGGGCAGCUACGCAGGCGGAGUCAAUCCCGUGGAGUGGAGCGGCAGCGCCGACAUCCUCCACCGCUGGGUCUCCUCCAACUGCAGCCCCGUGCGCUACGGACAGUGCUGGGUCUUUGCAUCCGUCCUCUGCACAGUGAUGAGAGUUUUGGGGAUCCCCUCCAGGGUGGUGACAGUUUUUAACUCGGCCCACGACAGCGACGGCAACGUGAAGAUCACCGAGUUUUACACGAGCACAGGAGAGAAGCUCGGCCUGUCGAAGGACAGCAUCUGGAACUUCCAUGUGUGGGUGGAGUGCUGGAUGAAGAGACCAGACCUGGGUGCCUUCUUUGACGGCUGGCAGGUGGUGGACCCGACCCCCCAGGAGAAAAGUGCAGGUAUAUUCUGCUGCGGGCCCUGUCCGGUUGCCGCCAUCCAGUCGCGCUUCCUCGGCGCCCCGUACGAUGCCUCCUUCAUCUUUGCUUCCGUGGACGCGGACGUUGUGCAGCUGAUUGUGCGAAACGGAGCGGUGGUGGGCCGCAGGGUGGACACCGAGUGUGUGGGACAGAGGAUCUACACCAAGAGCGUGAACUCGGACAGGCCGGAGAACCUGACGCAGACGUACAAAGGCAUGAAGAGAAGGCAACCAGUUCGUCGUGCCCACAGCCCAGAGAGAAGAGUUCCACGGUCAGUAAGGACAGAAGCCACGGAAGAGAGACUGAAGCCACGGUCGGCGGUUCUUUUCAACUCAUGUCCUGCUUUACUCUCGAGCACACCAAACAAUGCACCAGUGAUGAACACACUGUCUUCAGGAGAAAUACCCCCCGGUUUGGAGGUAUCCCUCAGCAUAGACGGGGUGCCGUUACUGGGCGAGAGCAUCCGGAUGUGUGUGACGGUAACAAACCAUCGGAGCAGCUCCAGAGUCCUGAGGGAGCACGUCAGCGCUCAGGUGAAAGAGUACAACAGAAGCCCUCAGGAGAGCUUCUGGACCGCUCACAGAGAGCUGCACCUGUCGCCCUGCCAAGCGUUGAAGCUUCACCACAUCAUCCCUCACCCCCAGUACGAGGCCAUCCUGACUGGUGAUCAGGUCGUUAAUGUGGCGGUGGUGAUAAAAGACUUGAAGACCAAAGAGAGAGUUUUGGCCGUGCAGGAGUUCAACAUGAGCCCCCCUCAGAUAUCCAUCCAGAUUGAAGGAGGAAACGGCAUCCAGAUGAACCAGGAGCACACAGCUCAGGUGUCCUUCACCAACCACUUCCCUGAGACUCUGAUCGGAGCCGUGCUCACCGUCAAGGCAUCCGGCCUGCUGCAGGCGGAUCAGGAGGCCAGGCUGCUGAUCCUGGAGCCAGGCGAGCAGAUCCAGAAGAAAGUGUCCAUCAAGGCCACGUCGCCGGGCACCAAGCUGCUCAUGGCCACGCUCUCACACGGCAGCAGCCCCAGCAUCGUGUCCAGGACCUUCCACAGAGUCUCUGUCACUGCAUGAAACCCACCUCCAAAUCCUCUCAGCAUAUUGCAGUAUUGGUGUAUUUUUCCUGAAAAUACUUUUGUUCCAUGUGUUUCAAGAAAAAAAUAAAUUCCAUUUAUUGAAAGAUCUCCUCAAUUCAGGCUUCUCUUCUGCUCAAGCAUUUGCACC